AUGAUAGAACAAUUCAUUUGUACUGUUGCCACUUUUAUAUUGCUUAAUGGUGCACUUGGAGAGGUUUAUUUACCCCAAAGAGGUUUGAGACAAGGUGAUCUCUUGUUUACUUAUUUGUUUAUUUUGAUCAUGGAAUAUUUUUCAAGAUCUCUGAAUCAGCUGAAAAGUAAGCUUCUUCAUGGUUUCAAACCAACUAAAACUUGUCUCUCUAUUUCACACUUAUUCUUUGUUGAUGACUGUUUGAUUUUUAUAAAAGCUAGAAAUAGAGAUGCUAGAAAUUUAGUUUCUAUAAUUGAUCAGUUUAGUAAAUACUCUGGACAUGCUGUAAAGUUUGAAAAUUCUGUUAUUGCUUUCAGUUCUAAAGUGCCUAAUAAUGUUAAAAUCGAUAUUGUAAAUAUCUUACAAAUUAGAAGGAUGGCUUUGCUGGAAAAGUACCUUGGAGUUUCACUGCUUUUGCAAAAGAGUAAAACUGACUCUUUUAAUCAUCUUGUGGAAAAUUAUAAAGGUAGACUUGAUCCUUGGAAAUCGAAGUAUAUUGCUCAACCAGGUAAAUUUGUUCUUAAUCAAACUGUUAUAGGAAGCAUGACAAUCACCAAUUUGUUGUUUUCCAAAUGGCACAGAGUAUCAUCUAUGAUAUUGAUUCCAUUCAAAGGGAUUUUUGGUGGGGGAAACAACAAAGUGGUAAAGGCUGGUCAGAUGUGGCCUUGCUAA